AAAAAAAGAAGUUCACACACAAAGCCACGCCUGCGCGGUGUGCCUCUCAUUACGAGCGAAGUUGCUGCAUCUUUUUAGGAAGCUACAUGCUUUCUUUCGACACCCAAAGGUCGCAUGGUGUCAGGGACGCGCCUAGUCACGGGAACAGUCCGGAGCGCGUUCAUGAGGUGCAAGAUCGCGCUUUAACAGUGAAGAGUAUCAAACAGCGUGCGGGGAUCCAACCUAAUGCUGUACAACGGGUCACAACGACCAGUCAAUGAUUUGCGCCGAGUAUUCGCGUUCUUGUCCGGCGGUUAUUUUGCAAACCUUUUCAUUUUUGCACGGGGAGAAACUGACAUAGCAAACUCAUCUGUAUGAUAGGGGAACAGGAGCACACAGUAUGGUCCGGGAAACCAGACAUUUAUGGGUGGGAAAUUUACCCGAAAAUGUACGAGAGGAGAAAAUCAUUGAGCACUUCAAGCGGUGAGUAGAAACAUUAAUGAGCUGUGUGUGUGUGUGUGUGUGUCUGUGGUUAAGUGUAACGACGUGUGCAUGGACAGCAUCUCUCUGUGUUGUGUCACAUUUGGAGAAGUCGGGAUGAAGGAAGCAGGAGGUUCCCCCGUAGCAAAGUCCCAUUUGGCAACUGUGCUGUCAGCUCCCCAUAAGCGACAAUAUUGUGCUGCAUUUCAGCCCAGAUAAAAGCGGCUAGCACGCUCCAAGCACGCAGCUAGCGGACAUAUGGUUUUGCCAUUUUGACACGGAUACUAACUUGCAUGCGAGGUGAUAACUUUACUCGGGCUUUUCACGUCGUGUGACUGUACAAACCCACCAGGUCACCCGUUGACUCUCUGAAAAGGCUACCUUUGCACCUGGCGACUGUAGAGAGGGCUCCUUUUCUCCAGCAUACUGUCAAUGUAAACAAACUCCAGCCUACCUGGCAAGCUGUUCGCAUUGUACAAGCUGUGCAUUUCACAGGCUGCAUCUUUGGCACACGCUAUGAAACCUACGGCUGUGUGUUUUCUGGUGUCUGACCCGGUGUUUCACUUUACUUUCUCCGAGUUGCUCUUCAGGUUAAUGCUUUGAACAAGCCCCGUGCACGCAGUGUGGGUUCAUUAGCACACGGCGUUACUGUCUGUCGUGGUGCACGGCAGAUGUUGCAAGACCCGGGUCCUUUCUUUACCUAACACAAGUCAGUAAUAUCAGAAAGGUGACGCGACAUCACGCCGCCAUCCACGCUGCAACAUUGUUCUGAACUGUGAUUGAACAGGGUGCAGGCUCUCUGUUUACUGAUAUGCAACACUGAAGUGGCUUUCUUGCGUUGACUUUGAUCACCUACAUGGCUUCUUUGCAAUAUUAUAUACCACAGCUGCUGACUUGCACAGCCUGCGGCGCGAUCUGGAGGAAAAUCAGACAACAUAUCGAUAUUUUAAUAACGAAAUCCAAACAUCGCUUCGUUUCUCCUCUCUGUUUUUACUCUGAGAGGAAAGCAACAAGAUGUGUAGUUUAAGCGGCUUUAGGUAUCAGUUGUUAACCUUGCACAGAGGGAAAUUGUAAAUAUGAUUGUGUGUGUGUGUGUGUGUGUGUGUGUGUGUGUGUGUGUGUGUGUGUGUGUGUGUGUGUGUGUGUGUGUGUGUGUGUGGCUCUCACGGUCGUCUGCGCGCUCUCGCCUCUUUCUUAUGGGCUGUCAAGGAAAUAACAGCCCGCCUCUCCGUCCAUAUGUGCUGGAGAGCAGACUGCCGAAAAACAUUAUAGUCUACCUAUAAGAGCAACGCUGCCUUCUUUACUGUGUAGGCGUCGCCAUAUCGGACGAAAGCUGCUUAAUUACUAACAUUAUUCAAGCCCGUCUGUUGGACAAAACUGCAACCCAAAAAAGGAUACAUUUUAUUUCCAACAGAUGAUAGAAUACAAUAUGCAAAUUAAAAUUCACCCCUGGACUCUUCUGGUCAUAGUUUUUAGUUUUUAGACGGAUGCAGCGAGUGAACCACAAAUAUGGUUCGUGUCUGAUCCCUGCAGCCCCUGCAGACCACACAAUAAUGAGCUACCUAUAUGCCGUUUUAUUUACAUUAGCUCGUCUAAUGAUGUGCGUAACGUUGUGUUUGGAGGGGAUGGUGACUGGCAGCGUGUUAUUGCGAUAGAUAGCGGAGGGGAAAGUGUGUCGGCGGCUCCUUUUUAGCGUGCUGCCUCAGCUCCAGCGUUAACCCAGAGGUAGUCCGAGCAGGCAGGUGCAUGACAGCCCAAUGUGUGAUAGAAGUCAUUGAAGAUGGGGGACGGCAGAAUGAGUAAGCAGUGUGAACAGCUUUUCUAAAAUGGCGUCGGAGGCUGUUCAAUGUUGGGAACUGGCAUGCCAAUAAAUUUAUGGGCACCCUACUGUCUCUGUCGGACGGCGAGAAUUCACUCCCGGGAGAUUUUUGGGAGGGAAAAGUCAACGCAUGCAGAUGAUAGCAGGCUCUCAAACCCCAAACAGGGGCUGUAAAUCUUGUGCACUAGACUAACCAUCACUCAGAUAUUUUUUAACGAUGUAUUCACAAGCGUUUAAAGAAAACAACGGGAUCCCUAUACUAAAACACACCAAUUUAAAUCUCUUUUUCUUAUUAUCCAGAUAAGCUUUAAUUUUUUUCAUUUGGUAGAAAUAAAGAGGAAAGUGUUAUAUAUUUUCAACUACUUAAAUUUGCUUUGGCUAAAUAUCCACAUAUAUUGAUUAUUUUUAACCCCCACACAGCAAAAUGAAGAAAUGUCAGGUCUCUUUAUAAGCUGCCAAACCCUCAUCUGUAUGCUUACAGCAGCUAUGAGCUUUGCAGAGUCCCUCCUCCCAGGAACAUGCUAAUGUUAGACAGUAUAUGCAUUUAUUAACAUGCGAUGUGCCAAGGUUUCAAACCCAGUUGCUGGGUUACAGUUGCCUUGUAAGAAAGUGCUAUAGAGCAGAGAAUAAGAGUAGCAAAGCUUACCUCCCACCUCUCCGUAGACACACACACGUACACACAUCGUCCACAAUGACAUACAGAUUUAGUCACAAAAAUACAAAGAAAUAAAAAUAAAGGUUGUUUUCAAAGAUGUAUUAUUUUCUCAAAUAUUCUGACUGUUCAUCCCCUAAUGGCAAUUCAUGAACAUUGUUGCAUCCCAAACUGUCUGUUGAACGUUUUUUUUAUUGUUUUAUCUUGUAGAUAUGGACGAGUGGAGAGUGUCAAGGUCCUGCCUAAGCGAGGUUCAGAAGGUGGAGUCGCCGCCUUUGUGGAUUUUGUGGACAUUAAAAGUGCUCAGAAGGCUCACAAUGCUAUCAACAAGAUGGGGGACAGAGACCUGCGCACUGAUUACAAUGAACCGGGCACAAUUCCCAGUGCAGCGAGGGGGCUGGACGAUAGUCUUUCCUUAGGUUCUCGUGGCCGGGAUGUAUCAGGGUUCACAAGGGCGGCAGGGGGGGGCGUAUAUGUUCCCCCCACGUCGCUCCACAGCAGAGAUGGACGCUAUGAACGCAGACUAGACGGGUAAGUGGACAAAGUUUCUCUGAAGGCAGGGGGAACCGUGGUUUCUGGUAAACACCUUACCCCCAAGCAUCUUCCCAUCAUCUAUUCAUUUACUUGUUUUGGGGGGGAGAGGAGAGUUCAUGGUUAUAGGGAUCCCCUCUUAAGUCCACGGAGCUCCGCCAGCGCUCCUGGAUUUAUGCUUGCAGGUAGCCUACAAGAUAUUUUCUAAGUGAAAGCAUGUUUUUACCUGAGAUUAUAUCAUACUACACAUGUGUGAAUAGUCAAAAGUUUAAAUGGCUGUUGGGGAUUAUCUUUGUGAGCUUAAACAUCUCUGUGAGGUGGAUAUAUCAAUUGCGGAAUAUGCGGGGCAAAUUGGAAAUCGUAAAAUUUCCCAGGAUUAUUGGAGAUUUCUGAAGAGAGAGAGAGAAAGAGAGAGAAUGAGAGAAUCGAAAAAAAAGAGAGUGGUCCACCGGCCAUCCCUGGGAUUCCCUUAAUCUGGAGUUACGUGCCCUGCUCAAUGGAUUAAUGUCAUCCUCACCCCAACCAAGAGCACACAUUAUUUAAGAAACCAUUGUUUGGAUUAGUCUAAUUUGGUUUUCGAUUAUCACGCACCCCUCACUUCUCACGUGGGCUGGAGUCAUGUGGAUAACCUACACAGGAUAUUUAUUCCCCUCUGUUGGAUUAACGCUGGCCGUAAGGAUACACUUUCAUGCUAAAGGUAUGGGUUGCUUUCUUGGUUUGGGUUUUUUUUUUGUUUUGAUUUGGGAUUAUUUCUAAUAUCAGGGCAUUACAAAUUGAGUACUGGGAGACCUCUACUGGUUAUCCAACUCAGUAGAGACAAGAGACACUUGUGAGCAAAGACUUUUCAUUCCUGUUUAUUUUUGUGGAGAUUAUUUUUACUUCUUAACGGCUGAGACCUGCAGAUGUAACGAAGACCCACAUGGACUAUGUUUGGAUUGUACAAUUUAGAGAAGAAGUGCUGGAAAUAGAGACUAUAAAGUUGCUGAUGGAGAUAACGGACCUCAUGUCUGUGGAUUACCUGCUCCUUUCCUGAAAGUGGAACUAUAACUAAACCUCGGAUAUAAUCCCAUACAGAAUUAGAGAAGUUGCACCCAUGAACUGCCUCUUGAGUGACUCAGCUUCAGUUUGGAUUGGAUGCAGGUUCCUUGGCUUGUACAGGAGAUGGACAUCAGACAUGAAAAGGUUGCAGAGUUUCGUAACUGCGGUAAAUGAUAUCCAUCCUGGGAGUGAAUAUAGUACAUCCACGACCAAGAAUCUGGAUUACCAUUAAGGGACAAGGUCUUCGAUGUUCUUCUGCCAUGGCCUGAUUUCCAACGCUGUGCCAAAGGAAUUUGACUGGUGUACUGCUAAGCACAGUGUGACCAAGUGGAAUGUGCCAGACAAAGAAAGAAGAUACAAGACUAGAUUUUAUCCCCUGGUGCCACGUCCCUGGAUACCAUGUAUUCAUUUUAUUGGACUCUGGUGCGACAGCGAUAUUUUUUUCCUGCAUGUUCGGAUGGAUAUAUUGACUUGAAUUGACAUUUUCCAGCAUACAAAGCAUCUCAACCUGGACCCUUUCAAGGCCAGGUUUGUUUUUAUUCUUUUAAUUGAAAAGGACACUCCAGCUCCUCCAAGCACACAAUGUUCGCUCCCCUGAAGAUGAGGAUUACGUUUUCUAAAAGGAACAUCUUCGCCUUAUUUUUUCACCCUCCACUCAACAUUUUUACCCAUUUUUUUCUGCUCACAAAGUUCUAUCUCCCUAGAUUGUAUGUGGAAUUAUAGGUCAAGUUACCACUCUCUCAAAAGGUUGGUAUGUCCUGCCCUGUGUAUUUUAGCUGUCCUCUCUAACCCCCUAGUUUGAACCCCUGUCUCUCUCCAUUUUCCCCACUAACCGAAGUAGCUGGUACAUAGAAUGUUGUUACUGCCUGUGUGUCUCUCUGCAGAAAUCUGUACUUUACCUUGUAUUGUUUUCCUUUUGCUUCCCCUCACUUGACCCCACCUGAAGCCCGUUCUCUCUUUAUAAUGAACAGAGCUGCACUGUAGCUGUCAUUCACCUGGAGUUUUUAAUCUUUGCUGCAAACUUGCACAUCCACUGUGUGCCAAGAUUUCAUACUUAGACUUAAAGUCAUACUUCUGCUCUGAUUUAAAAAAUAUCGAUCAAAUCAAUCAAAUUUUAUUUAUAUAGCGCCAAAUCAGAACAGUCGUUAUCUCAAGACACUUUCCAAAAAAAAGAGCAGCUCUAAAAUAUGUCAUAUAAAACUAUGAAGACAAAAAGAAAAUGAAGAUAAACAAAUUUGCACAAAACCAUUCACACAAAUAGAAUAAUCAUAAAAUCAGCUAAAUCAAACUCUGCCCAGGUCACAGACUAAGAUUAUGUACAAGUUUAUUUUCACAAAUCAAAUUAAUACAUUCCAGAUUAAUUGUAAAUCCAAGUUGUUCCCAUGUAAAACACCAAACCCAUUUUAUUCAAUUAUUUAACCUAAUAAUUUUUAGAUUUUGACACCAGUUUUAAAGAUACUGUAUAAAGUAUUUAGCAGCUUUUAGCAGAAAGUACUUGGUAAAAACAGUGUAAUAGUGUAUAACAGCAUGAAUAUGGAAAUAGUUUUGCUUUUGUUCACUUGGAUGAGCCUUUAAUAUUCACAUAGAUACAGAUUGCCAUCUUGCACUGCUGCGUUCCUACAGUAGCACAGAAUGGACAAAAUAGUAUAUGCUUUUACACUUAGUGGUGUGCGAAAUAAUGCAGCUUUUGGAUACAGCUGUAUGCAAAAGAAAUUUGACAAAUGAAGGAUCAUACAGCCAUGAUCCCUUUACAGUCAGAAGGGGUGAGCAAGGGAACUUUCAGUCUACAAUCUGAAUGAUAAAUAUGGCUGAAUGUCCUUAUUUCCUCACCUUCGGCCUCUGAUCAAUGGGUUAUAAAUGCGGUGCAAAAACUGUUUAACCAGUCACAUGGUGCAAACUGAGUUUUUAUUCUGAGGCUUGACCUCCUUAAAGUGUAUAUAAAUGGAAUGAAAUACUGUAUGUGAGUAAAAUAGUCUCUUUAAUUGCUUUUGUAAUAGGGGCUACGAAGGUUUGGAGAACGUUUAAAAUUCCUGUCUGGGUUUAGAUAUUUGACAUUAAGUCAGAGAUACUCCGGGUCUUUAUGCCGUUUUAACUUCCAUUGUGUAACAUUAUUGCAGACUCUGCAAAUAUUAGCAGGACUUUCUCAUGGAGGUUCAGCGUGGCUGUACUUUUGCUCUGUCAGGUAUAAAAACCCUGUGUUGAUCAGAAGCAGAUAUUCUGAAAGGGAUAUUUUUUUCUGCAGUUUUUAAUCGAGUUUCCAGUGACUGGACUGUAUCAGAAUAAAAGAAUAAUGUGGUUAAGCCUUGUGCGUACAUUGUACCCCCACCCCUGUACUAUGCUUUGUGAGUCAGCAGACAGCAGGACUCGGUACAGCUGCUCAAUUAAACUGUACGUUUCCAUGUUGGAGGGGUAUUUAACAAAUAGCUUUUGAUAUUUUGAAUUGAAUUGAAUUGAUAUGCAUUCGCUCGUCUCACAUAGGGCGCCUCUUUAGCAUGCUUCUGGGAUGCACACCCAUAAUUAUGCAGUCCACGUAAUCUGAAAACAGUUGAUGUGCUUAGCAUGCACCAGAGCAGACUAAUAAUCAAACACUGAUGGAAAUUCUGCCAAAAAAGUCUAACAGAAUUAUUUUUAAGCUCCAUGAAUAAUGUAGGAGCUGUUUUGUAUGAAGUGAAAUUGAAGUGAAAUUGAAGGCUAUCUAUUGAGCAGUGAGCCUGCGCCACCAAAUUAGCAUUUUUGAGAGCAUCCAGGGGUCAAGGUAAUCCAUCACUUUCACAGCAGACACCGUUUGGCCAUAGAUGUUAUUCAUGAAUCCAGCAUACAAGCGAUUAAAUCAAAUAAGUUGAAACAGAAUGUGCCCCUGACCCCUCUGUACUUAAUGGAUAGUGCACCCAGACACAGACAUAGUGCGAGUUCCCUAAACCGAUUCAUCCUCAACAUCCAGGAUACUGAGCACAUCCCAUGAAACCUUUUGUUCUCAUGCCCUGUGGCAAAAGCCUUUUGUGGAAAGACUUGAUGAGAGACUCCAUUUAUGACCCAGAUGAUGCAGGUUAAAUUUGUGUCGGAUGUCUGACUCUGAAAUUUUCCAGGUUGGACAAAUUAAACAUUGGUAAUGACUGCUAGUUGCAAAUACAGACAAAAUCAUUUCACUGGUCAAGGCUGAAAAUAAAUGUCCUACUAAUUGUCUCGGAGGCUAAAGUUGAAGUGAUGAACGCAGUCUAUCCAAGUGGUCUCAAGUGUGCUUGUAAAUAUGAUUGUAAAUAUGUGCAAUACUUUUCUGUGUCAGAUGUCAGGGUGAAUAUAGGCCUUUUUAAAAAAAAAAUCAUGUUCUUGAUGAAUUAACAUCAUCGGCAUCUGUGACUCAGAAGAGAGCUAAUACUGUUUAUCAAUAGAGGAAUAACACGUCAUUGCCACCUUAUGUAAUCCAUUUAACCAGUUUCCUCAGCGCAGACAUGGAUUGCAGCAGCUGAAUUUGAAAAAUAAAAAGUCACAUGCAUAUUUGCUCUGAGUCAACCUAAAAACCAUUAGAUGGAAAUUAAUAUGAAACAGAUACUCAGUUGUUUCUUCAUGCAAAGGCCGGUUCCCCUCAACUGACCACCCAUUACAUCCUAAACAACAACAAUUAACAUUUAAGUGAAAACACCAUCCUGUGUGUUUGUUUAAGUAUACAGUGUUGGGCAAUGAGAUAUUUAGCGACAUCGGUGAUCAGAUUGUAGAUUAAAACAUGCCCUUGCUCAACCCCUCCGCAUGUGGGAGGACGGUGGCCUUAGAGGACCAGAACCCCCCAUGAUCUGUGAUGUUAGAUAAGUGUGAGCCUCCAUCGUAAGAGUUUUUAGGACCAAAACUUUUCUUUUGCACUCGAUAACAGAUUUAUUUCCCCUAUUUGUCUUCCAGCUGUUACAUUUUGCACAGCCAAUAAAUGCUAAAAUGCAUAUUUUUCAAGUUUGUCUGUUCUGUGCCACCGUUAGAACCUGGUGCAAGGGGACUCCCUCCUUUUGUAGAUGUAAAAGGUUCAUUAGAAAAGGAAAAAAAAAUUCAUAUUCUUUUCAUAACUUAUUAAGUGCUGCUAAAAACUGUGUACUGUACCUUUAAAGUUAUAAGGUGUGAAGAAGAAAAAAAUAAAUAAAAACAUCUUUACAUUUGCAAAAUGAAAUGUCUCCAAAGUUUGGUCAAAGGUUUUACUAAAGCAGUAACUAAUAAGUAUCCUCUUGUCCUUAGUUGUUGGUGUUUUUUAGCAGCAUGUAGAAGCUAGCAAAAUCUGAAUAACCAUAUCUUUGUACAGAUCAAAUGAAAACAUCUCUGCUGACGGAAAAAGAUCAAAGAAUCCAAAGAUUUGGAUGCAAAUUUCAAUUCCCAGAAUUCAAAGUCUCCAUUGAGGCAGCUGGUUGCUUCUCUGUGAAUGUUCAGCAGUUUCUCUCAAAGCAGACAUUGUAAAGCUGAUAUCAGUAUGAAACAAGAUAAUUUUGUUGAACUUUUUCCAUUAGACAGCUGAAAAAAGGCUGUGAGGAUCUAAAAGAAGUCCCAAUAAACAGUGAUUUUUGUCUUUGUAAAAUUAAACUGAAGCAUGGUGCAACAGCUUAUUUCCCUACCCAAUUUACAGUAGCAGUAAGCAGCAUGAAUAUUCCAAAAGUCAGUAAAAAUAUACCUCUCCUUUGUUACCUGGUAUCACUCUGCCAAGUCCCUCCCAUCAAAUGAUGCACCAGAUAGUCACAGCAAAUGUUGUCUCAGCAAAUUUGCCAAAUUGUUUCACACAGCUACUUGCGUCAGACUUAAAGGAUAAAAAACUAACAGACGAUCGAUUUAAACAACAAAAAGAAAUUGUAAGGAGAGUGCUCAAAAGUCUAAGGGAAAGAACUGCCAACACAAGUCUUGUAGAGGCAAGUUUCAAUGAUGCCAGUUUUAACAGAGUGACUGUGAUUGAACAGUUUUGUACAAAUUAAACCUAAAUGGUUGCUUGAUUCAAAUGAGACAAUUUAAAUAAAAAAGUUACAAUUGGGUAUUGGUGCCCAAUCAAACAGAUUUACUUCAAGGAAUAUAUCGAUUAAAGCUCCUGUGAGCAGUUUUAAGCAGGUUGCAAUACAGUUUAAACCGAUGUCUCUUUAUGACCUAAAAAAGAAAACAAGACUGUUCACAAUUAGAGUGACAAAGAGCCGGACAAGUGUUUGGCUUUACGUUGCCCUUUUUAAAAAUGUGUUUCAUGGCAGAUAUUCUGAAUAAGUGAUAAAAUUAACUGUUCAAAGAUCAUGUACAGUGCAGGUGUACAGGACGAAAUCAGCAGGCACAAACCAAAAGUUCCUCACAGGAGUUUUAAUUUGAUGAUUUUAGUAGUAUCUAAUGAUCAAAAUGUAUUAUUAGUUAAGUCACCUACUGUGGCUUUAAUGUCUAACUUGUUGCUGUACAAACAUACAAUGUACAAUCAUAAUUUCGAUCUAGAAAGCUUUUAUGUAAGUUAUGUAAACGUAUCAUUUAUAUUCGUAAUUUCUCCUCAUACUUGAAUGGAAGUUUCUUUUUCCAGAUGGCAUUUGUACAUAAACUACAAACAGUUUCUAAUCUAACACAGUGUGUGGAGCCAUGUAUAUUGUCACAGAUUAUUACGAAUGCAUUACAGUUUUCACAUUGGCUCGCCAAAUUCAUUUUGCAAUUGUGAUAGAGGAGCUUUCUUUACAACUGAAAUGCACAACCCUCUUCAAUCUCAGUAUUGUCCCAUCCUCUCAUUUCAAAUGACCGAAUGAAACAUAGUGUUCUGUUUAAAAAGCCUCUAUAAUGAGUGUUUCCAACUGUAGUUAUAUUAACCAUAAUCCUCCCUGUGUUGGAACAUCAUGGCUAAUUUGCUGAUUAUAAUUUGAUCUGAAUUCAAACAGUGGUAAUUGCUGUCCUGUCCCGCUCAUUAAAGAGAGUUGGGUAAUAUGACUGCUGUAAUGACACAGCAGUCAUAUUACCAAAUUAAAUUCUGAUUGCUUUAUUCAGUAGGAGGAUGUGCAGGUCUGAACACAAUGUUCUUAUUACCACUGUUUCUAAUGUGCAUCCUCAUAAAAGAUGCUUUCAAGACUCCACAAAAGAACAAAUGGUGUCAAAUUGUGUAACAUUAGAGACAAAAGGCUCGUCGUAAAUCACCUCCAAAAACCUCCAACAAAGCCUCACAGAUAAACGAUAAAACAGCUUAAAAAGUAGCUUUUGUUGUAACUGCUCGCUGUUACAAGACCAAAAUGACUUGACAAGCCGUGAAAGCAUGAAUCUCUCACAUAAAUCCUUUUUUAAUAUAAGUAAUCCUUGUGCAAGUCUGUUAUGUCCUGCAAUUUCACUUUUUUUAAUAAGCUGCAGAUUUCUGUCCUGUUGAGCACUGAGUGCAUGCCUCUCACUUUAAACCUCCUCUAAGUGUGUUACGUCAGUUCUUUUUCAUUAGAGUGUUACACUAAGUUAAACCUGCCUUAUCAUGAAAACUGCAAAAUUUAAGUAUUUUUCAUUCCAAGAAAACUAUUCAAAAACAUAAUUUUGUGCUUUAUACAACCACCAAAUUUCUGAUACAAUCUCCCCAAAGAUGAAGUGUUAGGAUGACAAAACAUGGAAGACCAGAGGACUGACUGUCAUGACCAGAUAGUCAUUAAAAAACCCCUAGAUCUGUCUUUACCCCAGAAAACCGUUCCCCUCAUAGAUGCCCGAAAAGUAGACUAAACACCUUUUUUCCCCCACUUGUCUGUUGAAGACAAACCCACCAGUGACACCUGAUGAUAUCUGUCUGUCUGAAUUCACAAGCAUCCUAAAAUGAAACUGCAAUGUGAUGCUGUUCUCUCUUUCUGUUUAUUAGGGCGGCUGAAAGCCGGGACCGGGCGUACGAUCACAGUGCCUACGGACAUCAUGAGCGUCCUGGUAGCAGUUUUGAACGCCAGCGGCACUAUGAAACAGACUAUUAUCGUGAUGCGAGAGACAGGACUCUAAACACCACAGGGAGUGGGUCUGGUACCUCCAGUGGAAGUGGUUCAACGGUGUCAUCAGGAGUUGGUGGAACUAUUGUUAGUGCUGUUGCGGGCAACACAGGGACAAGUGGAUCAGCAGGGGCCACAUCUGGAGGAAGCGGAGGAUCUACAUCAAGCGCUGUCGGCUUCUACCGCUCCCACAGCAGGAGCCCUUGCCGUUUUGAGACGCCAGAGCCUCGCUAUGAGCCUCGCACCAGGGAGCCCUUUACUUUGGCCAGUGUGGUUCACAGGGACCUGUACCGGGAGGACAGAAGCCGGCGCGGGGAGCGCUCGUACCGCCAUAGUCGAAGCCGGUCUCCACACUCAACACAUUCGCGAAACCCCUCUCCUCAGAGACUGGCGAGUCAGGCUACACGUCCGGCACGCUCCAACAGUGGGUCAGGCUCUCGCAGCCGCUCCUCUAGUUCUGACUCAGUCAGCAGUACCAGCAGCAGCACGAGUGGAAGGUGAGUGACACUGGCUGUCCAGAUUUACUCUCAUGCAUGGUUGUUGUUUAUCUUUCUGCUUCACGUUCUGAAACAGGCGCUCGACAGUGUUUUAAGAGGAUGGGAUGUAUGCUGCUCAAAAGUUAUCCCACAACAAUCUUUGGAGAGGUUACAAAUUUUUAUUUCUCUUUAACCUUCAGGAGAAACUGAUCGUUAUGAAAAAUCUUUUUUCAAGAGUACAUAUAGUCAAGAUAGGCAAAAUUUGAGUUAACAAAGAGCGGCCAUAUAUGCAAAUAAAACACAAGAGUUGAUUGUUAUUCAGUACAAUACAAAUUAAAGCUUCUAUAGGGAGUUUUUUUAAAUGUUUAUUAUAGGACUGAAAUUCAUAUUGAUGCCUUUUACCCAAAGGCAAGACCAUCAAUGAGAAGAUUGAUAAUUCUCUUAUCCUAAUUUUUGAUGCCCUAAACCAGAGAGUGUAGGUGUCAGCCAAGCAACGAAAUGAAAAGCCCUGUUUUUAGGAUUUGCCACGUUAAAAGAUUCACAAUAGAUAACACAUGUGACCGUCAAAAGGUCAGCAGGAUAACAUUUUUGAACAAAAGCCAUGACUGAAGCAUGUAGAAGACAAGAUAAACAAGGGCUGCUUUGUUCACAGGGGGGCACCAAACUUCACACAAACCACAAGUUCUCUACAGGAACUUUAAAUGAUAUAAGUCAAACAUAUAAAGCAGAACAUCUACAGUCAAAUGUGUCAAGUUAUUCAAAAGCACCUUAAAAGCAUCCAAUAGAGCAGAUCUGUAAGUACCAGGUCAUUUUAAGGAAACAGUCCACUGAAAUGUUUUUUCUCCACCUCUGCCCUUUGACAAAGACAGUAAGAAAAGUUGACUGAUACUGGUUAAUCAGGGCUGAUACUGACUCUGACACUGACUGUUGGUUGUACUUUGGACUGAUAACCGAUAUUUGGAACUGAUAUGCGUUCACUGUAAAAAUUACAAAACAGACCAAGAGGGAAGGACACAUCUGCAGUGGAGACAAGGUAUUGCAACUUUUAUUUGAUUGAAUUUGUUAACUGCAAAAAAAAUCACUGAUACCUAAACUAGACUCGUAAAUAAAAAUAUACCAGAGUUUCAGUGUUUCAAGGAAGGAAUAACAACUGACUUUUAUAAACUAAGUGAAAAUGUUGUGACAGUGAACAUUGUACAGUAGAUGUUCGGCCUUAAAGAAUUAUUAAAAGGGGGUGAUGCUGGUGGUGGUGGGUUGUUGGGGGGAGGUUAGUCAUACUUUUUCACAUUUACACAGUUACAAAGUUCGGUGUCCAAACUACAUGUAUGCCAAGUUUCAAAUCACAAGGUAAACAUGUUUUGUCAUCAUCUGAGAGAGUAAACUGCUCUGAUCUCAGACGUGCAAAAAUGCUAGACUGUAGUUUAUGUCCAAGAUUUACGAAAUUUGACGGAAUUAUAAACAGAAUUAUAGAUUCUCCUUAUUGGUUCGUCUGAGCUUCCAGCAAAGUGGAACAGCCAGCCUCUAACAGCCAGUGAAGAGACACCCACAGUGGAGCGGGGUAACAAUAGACAUGAUAUACAAUAUACAAGAUGUCUAUGGGGGUAACGCUGCUCAACUGAUCGACCACAAUAGAGGGAGCAGGGCCAAAACAACAACCUCUGCCCUCUGCUGGCUUCUAGGAAGCCUCCAGAGAGGUGGCCAAUCAGAAGAAAGUAGGCUUGUGGAGGGGGUGGGGGCUGGGGGGGACUUAAAGACACAGCAGCUAAAACAAAACAUUUCCGAUUGAGCCUUAAAUGCUCAUAUUUUAAUAUACAACUGUGAGAAAUUUGAGGCUUUUUUAAAAAUCUGAAAUAGAAUCUGAAAAAAAAAGCAUGAUACCCCUCCAAAAGGAUCCAAAUACUAACUUUUUGUCAUUUUGGCAAGUCAGAUGUUUGUUUUAAUAAAGUAACACUUUUUCAAAAAAUAAGGUGGAACAUUGUGUGAAUAUCAGUGAAGAGCCCACAGAUUUGUUGUCCAGAGUUUUCUCGGGUGUUUUGCAGCUUUGGUUGCAGCAAACAUCCUUCAUUCUUGUAGAAAGACAUAUAUUGUAGUAUUCAUUUGCUGAGGUAAAGAGUGCCAUGCAAUGGUCAGGUGACGAUUAGGGUGUCCUUUGCUGGAUUCAAACUGCCAUGGCAUGUUCUGUAAAGCAACAGGAAAAGGCUGUUGUAGCAACAAAAGCUAAACUUUAGAAGGGAGGAUAAAGGUCCCUGAGAGUUUUUACAACUAGCUCAACUCCUAUGGUGAAUGUCAAAAUUAGCACUUACUCAAGAUGAAAGAAUUUGAUGUGGAUCGAACAGAAGAUAGCAAAACAACUGAUACAUUGACAAACUUUCAACUCCUGCUAUAAAAUUUAUGUUUUGCAAAAGCAUGUUACAUAUCUAUCUAUCUAUCUAUCUAUCUAUCUAUCUAUCUAUCUAUCUAUCUAUCUAUCUAUCUAUCUAUCUAUAUAUAUAUAUAUAUAUAUAUAUAUACAUAUAUAUAUAUUUAUAUAUAUAUAUAUGAAUAUAUAGCUGAACAAAAACAAAUGGGCUUUUUCAAUUGGGGAUUUCUGUAUCUGAAUUUUGUUUGUUUUGAGGGAAGGAAGUCUGCAACAGUUUUAGACAGAACACUAGUUAUGCCAACAAGCUAAGACAUGCAUGUGCAUUUAAUUUCCAUUAUUAGCUGAUAGAUACUCCUGUUAAGUUGCACAACAUCAUCCAGUGCAAAAUCUGUCACAUCACAUCAAUGCACAGAAACAUCACCCAAUUCUAUCUUUGCGUCUGCGUCUCUGAUGGAUAUAACAUCCUUUUGUUUUUAUGAAAGGUUGACUUUCAUAUUUUAUCUGAAUACUUUGUGAGGAUUGGCAUAAAAUCUUCACUUUCAAUGUGAAUGCUGUUGGCAUGUCAGAGACUUAAAGGAAAACACUGAGUGACUUGAAAAUGAUGAUUGUGUGUACCCCCUCUCUUUGAGUCAUGAAACUAAACAAAUAAAGGAACUGUUUCAAAAUAACCCUUAAAAGUGCGCUCUUAAUGGUUAUAGUAUCACCUGCAUUGGUUGAUCUUAUCGUUUCUAACUCAGUUGCACAAAAUGUGGUAUGAAUUUGCAAACAUUCAAAACAGUAUGAAGUUUGCAAAUUUGCAAAUUCUUUAUUUCAAAUGACAAAUCAGGUGUUGGCAGGAGGUGCGUCUUGGUUGGCAUCAACAUGUGGAAAAUGACUUUGGUGUCAUUUAACUGCUAUCAUCUAAAUCUGUCGGAGCAAUAAGGUUUUGAACUUGAUGGAUUUAUUACCUCCGCUUGUACUUUGGAAGUUGAAGUCCACUCUGCUUUUGUUUAAGUUUGCUGCUCUCCAGCACACCUGCACAUGUGCUCAGUUUAAUGAAUGCUUUAGACUGUGGCUGCAGCUGAGGUUGACUCUGGUUUUAUAGAAUAUUAUAGACAGUAAAUACAACAUAAAAAGCAGCACUUAUGUGACAUUUUUCCAAUGUUUUUUAAAGAUAUGUCGCCGGACACCCAUGUCACAUCUUUGGUUGUUGUUUUUUUUACAUAGAAUUUAAAUAUAAGUAAAAGGGUUUUAAGUAUUAGAGAGACAAGUGAAAGUCUAUUGUGAAGUUGUAACAUAUUAAAUGCAAGUUGUUCUCAGUUUUGUUAUUACUCUGGUCCCAGCUCUGUUAUGAAUUUGAAAUGCUACUUUUUCUGUUUUUGCUGAGUAUUGCAAACACGUUGCAUCCAAGUCCUUGUAGAUUUAGUGGAUUUCAUGUGGUGCAGAUUGUUGUUGAGCAGUGAUUGUGCAAAAAAGAAAAAUCCCCAGUAACAGAAAAAAUUGCAUGACAAGGCCAGGAAAGUGAGCAGUUCUACAAAUAAACUAGGUAUAUUUAUGCAUGGAUUUAUUCCACUACAUAAAUUCGCCUCCCCCUCUCCAUUUGUUUUUGGUGAGAUUCAUCAGCCUGAGCCACAGCUGAGCUGAAAGGUCUGACAGCAUGUAGCGACACAUGUGGUUUGACAAGGUAGUGCUAUGGGGGGAAUUUCAGGAGACGGCUGGUGUAUUUUUCUCACUGCCUACCUCUGUGUAUGGGUAAUGGCUCCCCCCCUCCGUGAGAUCCAGUUGGAACUGGAAAUUUCUGGCCAGUGCUGGCUGCCUGCCCACUCCCACAGGCCAGGCUCCGUCAGCAGCACUUCCGGGAGUGUCUUAGCACAGGAGGAGAAAGUGAGAAGGAAAUAAACAGCAGAGGGCCUAGAAAGCUGAACCACACAUGGUUUCUGGUUUGAGGGAAAAAAAAGGUGUAGGCAGCCAUGAAUUUCUCGCUGAUGUACAAAUCAUCUUGAUUUCCUAUUCACAACAAGAUGCAUGCAGAAAUAUCGGCUCUUGAGGGGGAGGGUGUUUUUUUUCUCCUUAGCCUCCACAGAUAGGCUUUCAUUUAACAAGAGAAAGUGCAUUCCCAGUGCGUAACCGUUCAUAAGAAUUUUAAAAUUUAUGGAAAGUGCUGCCCUGUCGAUUUUAUAUUCAUGUAAACCUUAUUUGUUGCUUUGCAAUUUAGUCAAUGUAAACACACAUUUUGAUGCUUUUAAAGCAAAUGCUUACCAAAACCUCGUUUGAUUUGUUGUUCUUGCAUGCAUAUGAAACUGCACAUUUGAUUUUAUGUAAAAAUAUAAUAAAUCAGAAGUUUGUUCAUAAUUUGUCCCAGCAUAGUUUAAUAUAUAAUUUCUACGAACUAUGUGAUUGGUAAAAGUGACUCAAAAUAUCAUCUUUUUCUUUCAAAUGGUAGUAGAAAUUGUAGAUAUAACAGGUUCAACAUUUAAGUCCAUGUUCUUCUUUUUCUACAGUGAUUCUAGCAGUAGUUCCAGUGAUGACUCUCCAGCUCGCUCAGUACAGUCUGCUGCCGUUCCUGCACCCUCGGCUCUUCCUUUAUCCUCCCUUGACAAGGAUGAGCCACGUAAAAGUUUCGGCAUUAAGGUCCAAAAUCUUCCUGUGCGCUCUACAGGUUAGUUUUUAGGUGCUCUUGUGAUGUAGAGAUACAGAUGGCCUCCUGUUUAGAAAUGAUUCAUGCUUUUACACCCCGUCCCUUAAAUCAUGUUGUCAUUACCAAAGAAUUUGUUUUAUUUUGAGGAUACUUACUCAAUGAAACCUUUUAUUGAUUAAUUUCAGAUACAAGCCUGAAGGACGGUUUGUUCCAUGAGUUUAAAAAACAUGGGAAGGUCACUUCUGUUCAAAUCCAUGGAGCUUCAGAGGAACGCUAUGGGCUUGUCUUUUUCCGCCAGCAAGAAGACCAAGAAAAAGCACUGGGAGCAUCAAAGGGGAAGCUUUUUUUUGGCAUGCAAAUCGAUGUCACAGCCUGGACUGGCCCUGGUAAGUUCUGAUAUUUAACAGUUUCAGAAAAAUGUGGGAUUAUUGACAAAAUGAAGCUGAUUCCAGUGACUGUUUACUUUUUCAGAGACAGAAAGUGAGAAUGAGUUUCGGCCCCUGGAUGAGAGGAUAGACGAGUUUCAUCCUAAAGCCACACGGACUUUAUUCAUUGGAAACCUGGAAAAGACCACCACUUACCAUGACCUGCUUAACAUCUUUCAACGCUUUGGAGAAAUAGUGGUAAGUUAAAGCUGCAGAAUGGAUCAGAAUCAAUUUGGAAAUCUUUCAUAAUCUCUGAAGGCUGACUGUGUUCAAAUCAUGACAGGACAUCGACAUCAAGAAGGUGAAUGGAGCUCCCCAGUAUGCCUUUCUACAAUACUGUGACAUUGCCAGUGUCUGUAAGGCCAUCAAGAAGAUGGAUGGAGAGUAUCUUGGUAACAACAGACUAAAGGUGAGGGUUCUUAUUUCCGCAGCUCUGCCAUAUUCUUGUCUUCUAAAACCAGGUUCAGCCUCAUUUAUUAGCCAAAUUUGUAAAAAUAAUUGAGUUCUUUAAGAUGUUCAAUUAUGAUAUCUAACAAUUGUGAUUUGAUAUCCGUCUUUUUCAGCUUGGCUUUGGAAAGAGUAUGCCCACAACAUGUGUGUGGUUGGAUGGAUUAGCAUCAAACACAACUGAGCAGUUUCUUACUCGCCAUUUCUGCCGUUAUGGACAUGUUGUCAAGGUGAGCGUCUUUAUUCUCCCGCUCAAAGUCACCCAUUGUUUACUUUUUGGCAACUUAAGGGCUCUAUUUCCCCCUCUUUUCCGCAGGUUGUAUUCGACAGAAUGAAAGGAAUGGCCCUUAUCCUGUAUAACAACAUUGAAUAUGCACAAGCUGCUGUCAAAGACACAAAGGGGUGGAAGAUAGGGGGCAGUAAAAUCAAGGUAAAAUCAAAGUUUCACAUGGUAUUGAGUUUUCCUCCUGCUGUAGUGUUUUGUGUAUUCCUGACAGAAAGUUGAAACUGCAACAAAACAUGCCUUUUAUUUUCUACAGGUGGACUUUGCCAAUCAGGAGAGUCAGAUGGCUUUCUAUCGUUCGAUGCAGGCAUCUGGUCAGGAUAUCCGAGAUUUCUACGACAUUCUCUCUGAAAGAAGGUUCGUGUUACUCACUUCUGGAACAAUCACUUUACCUCCAUACUGUGUUCAUUGAAGAUAUUAAAGCCUUUGUGUUUUUUGUUGUGACAGGGAUGAUCGGCGAAGUCAAUAUGAGUUUCAAGCUGAAAGACAAUAUUAUGAAAAUGUCCGAACACCAGGAACCUAUACCGAGGACCCACGUCGUAAAUACCCCUCCAGAAGUCGGGAAUUCUACACUGAAUGGGACCCGUAUCAGGGGGAUUACUAUGAUCCGCAGUACUUUGAAGACCCUAGGGAGUAUAGAGAGUACAGAGCUGACCCCUAUGAACAGGACAUUCGCAAAUACAGCUAUUUGCAGCGGGAACGAGAAAGAGAGAGGGAACGCUUUGAAACUGAUCGUGGGCGUGAUCAUGGGAGGAGGACAGUCGAGCGCAGCCAAAGCCCAUCCCACAUUGCCUCUAGACGUCCUGCCAGCCCCACUGCCUCUCCUUCACUCUCAGAAAGGAUACCAAGUGACCCAGACCGCCGCAUUCGCUGCAGAUCUUCUGAAAGGAGUGGUAGCUGCAGUUCAAUCUCUCCACCAAGAUUUGAAAAGCUUGAAAAGACACGAACUGAAAGGUAUAAUAAAACUGACAAGCUCGAGAAGGAUCGAGUUUUUGAGGUUGAAAGAGGGAGUUUGGUGGAAAAGGAGAAGCGAGCUGGGCGUAAAGAUCGAGGAGAAAAGGACAAAAGUGAAAAACAGAGGCUUAAGAAGCUCAAAGUUGCAUCACCCAUCAUACAAGCAUGUGAGCUGGAACCUGAACUUGAAAGAGAUGUAAGCCCUGAGUCUGUCCUUCGAACUAAAAACAGUAAAAUUGCAAAGGAGGGCUCAAGCAAAGGAAGGCUGGACCUUUUGCCUUGCGUAGUGCAGUUAACACGUGUCAAGGAAAAAGAAGGAAAACUAAUAGGUCAUUCAGUCCAAGAAAAACCAACUCCAAGAGGUGGGAGUGAUGGUCCUAGACUGGCAUCACCUUCAGCUGACCAGAAGAGUCCUCUGUUCCGGCCAGAGUCUUCAAAAAUAGAUAUCUCAAAGCACGGCAAGCUGCCCAGAGAGAAAAACAUCCACAGUUUAGUGGAAGUUAUUGAAAAAGAUGCUAAAAUCAAAUCCAAAAAGCACGGAAAAUCUGAAAUGGGAUUUGACAGUGGUAUUUCUGUGGAUAUGGACCGUUUAGCUGCAAGAAAAAGACGGUUUGAAGAGUCUGGAAAAGCUGACCGACAGAAAAGAACCAGUGAGGAGGAUCUUGUCAGAUCUGGACUUCAUAAACUGUGGAACAAUACAAAAGAUACAGACUUGGAUAAGAACCUUCUGAUAAAAGGGAUGCAUAAAAAGGAGCACCACAGGGAAAAAUGUGCCAGGAUGGUUUUGGUUAACAGUCCAAAUGAUGGACGAGACUGUGAAAACAACUCUAUAGGCCUGUCUUUGGAGCGGCAGUCCCGGCUAGAGGAGCUGCCUGAAGAUUCUGCUGAACAAUCAGACUCUCCAUAUCUUAAAAUGGAAUUAGAGGGCUCCAAGGGUGAGAAGAGCCCCAGUCACAUCAAGCUGUCUGAUCACAGCAGCCUUGAUUUGGAGGAAUUCAAAGAACAAAAACAGGUUUCAUCCGAGAAUGAGCAAGGCAGAGGGAAGUGUGUAGAUUCAGAUGAUGGAGAUGAACACUUAGUGCAUAAUGACAACAAUAAUAUUUGCACCAAACAAAUCGAACAGUGUCACUGGCUUCAUAACAAGAUUGGUGACCCUGACAAAGCAGUAAGAUAUGAAAAUCCGCCAAGUAUCGAGACACCUGAUUUUGACAAGGAUUAUCUCAUACAUGACGUUGGAAAACCUAUCCAGGAUAUGUCAAAUGAUGACUUCUCUUCCUCUAAACGCAAGAAAUUACAGAAUUUUGACUUUGAGAUAGUCAAUGCCAAGAGAGAGCGCAAUUAUGCAAGUUACCAAAAACUGAACGAGGACAUCUAUCAGACUAUAACAUCGUCUAUAGGGCAAGGCCAAUUUUCUGCUAAUGAGGAUGAAGAGACGGCCCAGAUUUCCGUGUCAAUCAUUAACAAAGAAAGAAAAUCUCCAACAACAGACAAAAGUUUUUCCCACACAGAGUCACUUAAAAACAGUUUUGGUCUGACAGCCUCCCAUUUCCAGUCUUCUGACAGCGAGCUACAGAAACUGAAGACAAACCUGCUCAGCUGUGACGAGGAGUUAAUGCAACGCUGGGAAAGACGAAUGAAGUCUGAUUCACUUCGAAUGGAAAUGACUUUUCCGAGUGAAAUUUCAAAGCGUGAAAGUAUUCACAAACGCCUCGGCCAGGAUUUGGAACCUGGAGAAGUUCAGUCUGAUUCUGAUGAUGAUGGAGAUAACAAACACGUUUGUCCAAAGACCAAUAGCUCUUUGUCGUAUAUCCUCAGGGAACAUGAUGAGAGGAUGACAGACCUGAAGCUUUCAAACUCCUUGGAAAAAAAUAAGUUUUAUUCUUUUGCACUGGAUAAAACUAUAACCCCUGACACAAAAGCACUUCUGGAAAGAGCCAAAACAUUGUAUUCUUCCAGGGAAGAUAAUUGGUCCUUUCUUCCCUCUCGCUUUCCAGCUUCCCACAGCUGUUCAGAUAAAGACAAGGUCGAGCUUGCACCACGGCCUAUUCCUUCUUGGUACAUGAAAAAGAAAAAGAUUCGCACAGACUCUGUAGAAAAGCUGCGUGAUAAAAAGGAGGAACUAAAGCCACAAGACCAGGAACGUCAGGACUUGUUUGCCUCCCGGUUCCUGCACAGCUCAAUCUUUGAACAGGAUUCCAGACGUUUGCAGCAUCUUGAACGUAAAGACCCAGAUCCAGAAACUGGAGUUGUUAGGCCUCCUAUUAAGCCAGGCGCUACUGAGGUACAGUCAGAAUCUGGACCAGGUGACACCUCACAAGAGCCCAUAGUCCUCUUCCACAGUCGAUUUUUGGAGCUUCAGCAACAAAAGGACAAAGACAAUUCCCCACCCGAUACAGAAAACGAGUCUGUUGCUGAGGGAAUUAAAAGAGAAGAGGUGCAAAAUUGUGAUAAUGUCCUCUCUGAUAAGAAAAUGGAGCCACAAGCAAAGGCUGAUGACAAAUCAUCUGGCUCUGAGCUAACGCUGUCGGUUUUACCUUUUGUCAUUCAAGAAAAACCUGCACAAGAAAAGAAAGAGCUUAUAACGCCAUCGUCAGAUCAACCUGUGCUAUUUGUGAAAGAAGAAAAAAUGGAGCCAGCUCAUGAGCUUCCUCUAUCUCAUUCUCUCCCUACAGAAGACAUCAAACACGUUGCUCCUAAGAUAAACAUAACCCCACCACUCAUCCAUGCAGAGCCGGAAAUUGAAAUGGAGACAAAAUUAGAGCUAAUUGAACCCAAAGCGAAAAUUGGAGAUAGCUUGGCAGUUGAACGUAAUCCUCUUGUGGAGGAUAAGCCUCCUACUCCUGGUGGUUCCCUAAGUGGUUUUGAGAAAGAGACUGCUGAAUCUUCUUACUCUGACUAUCCAAAGAUUGAUGACAAAUCUGAAAUCAUAAAGAUGGAGCCUAUAUUAGAAAGUCAGGAAACAAAACACAUUGAGGAAUCUCAGAAAAUGGAGACAGAUAGUGAGGUCUGUAUGCCUGAGUUAGAGGCUGAAAUAAAGCCGUUUCCCAAUCGCAGACAGCCAAAGAGUAAAAGAGCAAAACCAAUGGCAGGAUCACGCACUUCGCAACUUUCCCAAGCUGCUGCUGCGGAGAAACCAGCAACACGAAAGAGUGAGCGAAUUGACAGAGAAAAGCUCAAACGGGCUUCAUCUCCUCGAGCAUCUGAGGCUAAAACCCCAUCCAAGUCACCAAGCCAUGCAUCAGAUUCAGAGCAAAACCGUGAGUCAAGUUUGAUCCAUGGGAGAACACGUCGCAGGAAUGUAAGGUCAGUUUAUGCCACGUUACAUGAAGAUGAGCAAACUAGCAAGGAAGUGGUUGAGUCCCCCCGCUCGAUGCGCAAACGUGGCGUUGAUAAAGAACCAGUUCAGCAAGAUGUUCAGAUUCCAUCCACCAACGCAAGGCGAGGACGUCCACCUAAAAGAGGUGUGAAACGUGGUGAGGAUCUGUCACCAGUAAAGACUGAUCAGCAGAAAAUGGUGGAAGAUGAGACAGAAGUCAAAGAGUCUUCCACCCUGGCCGAGGCUGCGAAAGCCUCUGAGGGGUGGCGUUCUCCCCGCACCCAGAAAGUGCAACAAACACAGGUUGCUUUAUCCACUCCAGCUAACAAGAAAGGCAGUAAAAUAGACAAACAGUCUGGCAACACUGCUGUUGUAGCUGAACAAGCUGAUCUAGAGGAUCACACAGAGUCAGAACCUGAGCCCAAAAUCGAUGCUGUACUGGUGGGAAAGUUCUCUGAAAAGACCGAAAGUUCAAAAUUACCGGCUCAGAGAAAGGAGAAAGACCUAAGAGAGUGUGGUGGAAAGAAACCUGCUGAUGGGGAUAUCGAACCAUCAGAUACCAGCUCCUCUGAGAGAAGACAACAGCCUGAAAAGAGUCUCAAAGUGAAAACACAGAGGCCAAAAAGAAAUGCGAAGCAGGUCAUUGGGGAUAAGUCUCACAGCUUGAAAAAUCUUGAGAUCCGUGUGAGUGUUGAUGAUGUAAAAAGUUUACUCCGUUCAGAGGAAGAUGAGCCUGAGUCAUUCGAAGCCUCUUCUAUCAAGAAAUCCAAGCCGGGCAUUCAGGAGAAUGAAGAAACAAAGAUCAUCAGCUUCUCAAAAGAACCAAAGGAACCUGAUGCCCAGGAAAAGGAAGACGCUCUAUCAGACUCUGAACCUCCUGCUGACCCAGCUGCAGCUCUCUUAGCACGACAGAUGGAGCUAGAGCAGGCAGUUGAAAACAUUGCCAAGCUUACAGUUGAGCAUCCUCCCCGACCUUACAAAGAACCAAUUCCAGAGCAGUCCACCAUACUGCCUCCUGUCGUAGUAGAGCCAGAGGGUGAGGUUGAGGAGGAGAAGCCAGCUAACCCUGCAAGCGAAACUGAACUUGCUGCUGCUAUUGAUUCCAUUACAGCUGAGGAAAUAGAAGCAGAUGGUUUCCAAGCUCCUUCUACGUACACAGCUCUAGUUCCUACCCCCGAACCCCUGGUAUCACCCCCAUCCAAUGAGAUUAUGGAGACUGAGACACACAUGGAGAUUAACAAUAUUCCUGUAGCAGACUCUGAUGAAGGCCCUCUAACACCCAGCCCAAGAGGUCUUAUAGCAGAGUCUAAGGAAACUGAGGAUACCACUUUACUUGAAACACCCAAGAAAGCUGGUAAAGUUAGAGGAAAAACCCAAAAGAAAUCAAGAGGUCGAAAAGGUGCAGCUCACAAGAAGGGGGAUACGGCAGAGGGCAUGUCACAACCUGACCCCUCACCAAGCAAACUACCAGAGUCAAUUCCAGAGGACCCACCAACCAUCAACUCAAAAGCAGUCACUUUUACUGCGGCAGCUUCUGUAGUCACUGCUGUUGCCACCUGUAGGCGUGAUGUUACAAGUGCCAUAACUGUAGACACACCCAAAGAGGCAGAACAGCCUGAGGUUGAGCAGCCUGUUCCCAAAGAAUCUGCUUUUCAUACAGGCACAAGCAACAUCUCCAGCUCUAAAAAGGACACUCAAGCAGCAGAGCCAUCUCCCCCCACACUUGCUCCAGCUCCUACUCGCCCACAACCUGUACCCCAGUUUGGUCUUCCCUUACUGCGGCCCUCCAAAAUGUCUCUUUCACCAGAUUGGCUGCCUCGAUCAGAGGAAAGUAGAAUUUAUGUUGCUCCCUCAUGUCAUGUAACAGUGGUGACUGCUUCUACGCCAGCUUCAACUGCACUCGGAACCCCUUCAACAAAUCCCCCAAUGCCCCCUGAUACCAAGGCUUCAGAUAUCGAUCCAAGUUCAAGCACCCUGAGAAAAAUUCUUAUGGAACCGAAAUAUGUGUCUGCAUCAAACAGCAAUGCUAUAUCCUCCACCAUAGUGACAUCAGUGCUCUCAGAUCCUUUACGGAUGUCAGAGAAUGAAAAACCCUCAGAGAAAAUGGGUUCAAGACAGCUGCAUCCUGAAGAGAGGCAACAUUCACAUCCUCUUCCAAUACACCACAAACCUUUUCCACUGACAGAAUCUCAGCAGAACUGUAGCGAAAAAGCCCAGCAUACAGUGAUUUCACCUGCUACCUCGGUUAUUAGUCGGAUUCCAAUGCCUUACGAUACUGAGGAAACUCCACGAAUAUCCCUUAGCAACCGAAGCAUUGGCACACCUUUACCUAAGCAAAAAUAUAGAUCAAACUCUAAUGAGAACAGUCGCUACCAUGGCAUCGAUAUCGUCGAAGAUGGAAUGCGAGGGCGCUCUGUUGUUGAGACUACUCCUUACAGUACAGGCUCCAGUCCUGGCCUGAGGGUCAACACAUCAGAGGGUGUUGUUGUUCUUAGUUAUUCAGGCCAGAAAACUGAAGGACCUCAUAGGAUGAGAGCCAAAAUUAGUCAAAUUCCUCAAGCCAGUGCUGGUGACAUAGAGUUCCAGCAAUCUGUGUCCAAAUCCUCCAUAAAGCAAGACCCAGUUAUCUCAUCAUCCCAGUCACCUAUCCCAAAAGCAGCCCCAAGUGCUCCAUCUUAUGGACAUACAGGAGUCCUCUUGACAGGCCAGUCUUUCAACUCCCAACCUGUAAUUUCAAGUACCAAGCAAGAGAGUCUUGAAAAAUCUGAUGCGCCAUAUCACACAACAUCACCCGGUGGCGUGGUCAAGAUGUUCCAACAGCCAGUCAGUUCUCCUCAAGUCUUAAUGUACAGCCAAGCUGUGAUACAGCAUCAGCAUGGCAAAAAGGGACUGGGAGCAGAACCUGUACCCAAAAAAAUGGACAUUGGCAAAGCUGUUCAACAGUCUAAUCUCAGCCCAGUCAUGAGUCCACACCAUCCAUCACUUUCUGGAACUCGCAUGAGCCCCAGUCCUGGCAGCCAAACUGAUCGUACAGCUCUACACCUGAAGCAAGAGCCCCAGUCUCCACGGACAGCUGUUCAGUCCCCUCUACCCUUUGUCAAAGCCUGUCCUCCCAGCAGUUCUCCAAGAGGAACAUCUGUGGUUCUGGGUCAUGGCAUCCCAACAAUGUCUACAUAUCACUCAAGUAUUCAUCACCCACACUCAGAGCAGUCCUCUGUUAUAAUGCAGCCUCACAGCGUCACACAGUCAAUGGCUCAUGAGGCCAGGAUGAACACCUCACCAAUGUCUGGGAUAAACUACGGAAGGAGGGGUGACCCUCUGUCUUCUCCACACACAGGUCCUUCACAGCGUUCUACUACGCCACAGCCUAAUGUCAUCCAGAAUAUGGUACUGCAGUCUCAUUCCAGUCCCAAAGGGCCAGUAUCAGUUGGAAGCAGCAUCCAUGAGGAUGAUCCCAGACACUUUAACCAAGCCCUUAGUAGACCAUCAGUGCCCCAGCUCCAGUCAGAUGUAAUGAUGAUUCACAGUGAACAUCGUGGGCUCCACCCAAGCAUCCGUAUGGACCAGUACAGAGACAUGCACCAGCGCAUGCUUAUGCACCAGCAACUGGGAGAACAGGUCACUGUGGAAGCAAGGCAGUCUCGCACCUCAGAGACUGCUCCAACCAUGUCAAGCAACAUCCCUGGGCCAUCAAAGAGUCCAUUGGUGGGAAAGAGCAUUGAACUUUCCUCCAAAGAAUCUCUUAAAUCACUUGAAGGGAAGUUGAUACACCCACCCAUGAAUGAAAGCAGAAUCAGGGGAGUCCAUGCGUCAAGUCCUGUCAUGGUGUCUCCACAUUCUCAUGGGGUUCAGCUGAUGCAUCCACCAAGUGUGGGCUCCUUUCCAGUUUACCGGGACAUGCGAGGCUAUCCAUCCCAGUUUCCUGGACAGUCCUCAUCAGGACACAACCUGGCUAGCCAAGGCAUUGCAUCCUCACAGGUCAGUAAAUGUGCUUCAGUGGUUGAACUUGCUUUAUGUAUGCAUGCAUUUCAUUAAACCAGGAAAGCCUCUUUGAAAAAAAACAUCUCUACAUAGGUACCCUGGGCAAGAUCAGCAAUAGCGCAUUCCAACAAAGUUACAGACAUAGAACACAUAACAUUUCCUAACAUAUUUAAACAUAUCCUGGAUCAUGUUACAGAAACGUAUCAGUGAAAGCAUCUACUGCCUGAUAGUUAUAAGAGACAGGCGCGUCACCCUGAGAUGUAGUAAUAGAUGACAGGUUUGGUGGCUUUCCUCUUUGAGUUUGUAAACACCAUGAGUUUUGUUUUACCAGGACUCAGGAUAAAUUCUAACACAUGAAAGGUGUCUUGCACAAUAUCAAAAGCACCAUAAGUGACACAAUUCCUGAAACUGUGUUGGAGCAGAGCUGUAAGUAACUGUAUCAAAUUCUUAUCGGGAAAGAAACUAGUUUUGGAAUCAACAAAUAAGUGGUCCCACGACAGAACCCUGGGCCACACCAUUCCUCAUUUCAAGUGCUCAAGAGAUGAUGUGGAGUGUUUGAUAAUAGUUUUAUACCAAGAGACAGAUUACUCUGUCAGUCCAAUACUGAGUAGUCUGUUUUUCAUAAAUACAUGAUCUACAGACUCAAAGGCUUUUGACAAGACAGUUAAUAUUUGCUGCUCAGUUCCAUUUAUCAUGCAUCUUUUAGCUCCUGAUAUUCACAAAGCUCAAUUUGGCAUUUGUUUUCUUAAUCAGGUCCCUCCGGAGUCUGUGAUGGGUCAUAGGGAGAAAAUGUCUCAGUCACAUGGGGGAGGAAGUGAUUCCAAAGCUGAGAGUUCCCAUCUUCGCCAUGCUACCUCUACGGAUCUGGCACACAUUUCUCGAAUACCAGGGGAUGCACUCUCACCCUCAUACCAGUCUCCAAUGACGUCCCCCAUGUGUCUUACUCACAAGCCAGAUCUGUCUCUGCAGAAAGGCCCUCCUGCCUUCCUGCCAACACCUCAGCCAGCAGUCCCUCCAUCAGGUUCACUGCUGCCACAGCGUGAUGCGAAACUGGAACACUCAGGCCAUCGUUCCAUUGACAUGGUGCAGCUUUUGACGGUAGGAUGGCCGAAUCAACCAGCAGUGCCAAAGAUAGAAGAAACUCUCAAGACAAGACCAAAAUGCACAAUCGUACUUAGAUGUUUUAUGUUUUUCUUCACAGAAAUAUCCUAUCGUAUGGCAAGGCCUGUUGGCACUGAAGAACGACCAGGCUGCUGUCCAGUUGCACUUUGUUUCUGGCAACACCAUUUUGGCCCAGCGCUCCUUACCUCCCCCAGAGGGAGGUCCACUUCUUCGUAUCGUCCAGAGGAUGAGGCUGGAGGCUUCCCAGCUGGACAGUGUGGCACGCAGAAUGACUGUGAGUGUUUGGGCUUUAUUCUUUGCAAAAUGUUUAAAACAGUCUCUGUUGUUUUAAACAUUUUGUUAAUAAAAAAGAAAACAUUUGUAGGAAUGUGAUAUACAUGUUCACAUUUAUAAGAUGAGUCAUUCAUGGCAGGUGGAGAACGAUUACUGUUUGCUACUGGCUCUACCCUGUGGUCGAGAUCAAGAAGAUGUCCUUGGUCAAACCCAAGCCUUGAAAAGUGGCUUCAUCACCUACCUGCAAGCUAAACAGGCAGCUGGCAUCAUUAAUGUGCCCAACCCUGGCUCGAAUCAGGUCUGUGCUCAUUUAAUUUUUCUCUGUUGUACUGUCAAAUUUGACUAUUUCAUAUAAAAAGUAGCGUGAAGACUAAUCCCCUCUCUGUUCUGUCACUUUUCAUCCUCACAGCCAGCUUACGUAGUGCAGAUUUUCCCACCGUGUGAAUUCUCUGAAAGCCACCUAUCCCGCCUGGCUCCGGACCUUCUUAACAGCAUCUCCAGCAUCUCCCCUCACCUCAUGAUUGUCAUUGCCUCUGUUUGAUUACCUCCAUCGUUUUCCUAAACAAAGCCAACACCAGCCGUUUUGGACUCGUCCAGUUCUUUUUUUUAACUGGAAUUGCCUCAUAUUUUUAUGAGUUUGUCUUUUUGUAAAAAUCUGAUUUAGCACGUGCUCACCUUUUUCUCUCUUCACUUCACCGAGUCCUUAAAACAAUGACAGUGAUUUUCAAAACUCUACCUUUACAGAGAGGACCUGAAGGGGCAAACAGGAUUUUUGAUGACCAUUUCUGAUUUUUCAUUUCAUUCUUGCCAUUUUUGGAGUUGUUGUGCAUAGCCUUUUCUAAUUCAUAGCACCCAUACAGCUAUGGAUUGACCCUUCCUAUGGGAUAUUUUUUACCUUCAUAAAAGUGAUUGUGAAUUUCUUUUUUAAAAAGACAAAUGAUGUGAGAAGUCAUUGCACUAUGUUAAGAUGAAAAUUGUGAACUCUGUACAGAUUUGCGUAUAAAAUUACAUGUUAAGGAAUGACUUGUGUUCAGCUAUGCUUGAGCAAGCGAAAAGAAAACCAUUGCCUGGAAAAUGAUCAAGAAUCAGUACAGCUUGAUCACCCAUUCUGCUUUUGCUUCUUUGCCAUCAGCCAACUUCUACGUCAUUUCCGGACCCAACUCUCCACCCCAAGGUGUUCCCUGCCCCAGGAACUCCAGAGGGGACGUUCAGAGUUGUACAGUUUACACUUAAUGCCUCAAAAGGGGACUGUAAAAAGAAUAUUUAAGUUGUUUAUUUUUGUUUGCAUCUUCUUUAAGCCUAAGGGUAUUGUGGGCCGUCGUGAAACUGUAAAUAUUAUAAAUAUUUAAAGACUGAAGCAAUGCGGAGAGACCAAGUGAGUUAUUUUACAAGACGGAUCAUUAGAUGUCAAUGUUUUUUUUUUGUCUGUCGUCUUCGGGGCAAAAGGGGGUUGGCGGAAAGGACCUGUGAUGUAUUCAGUUAUGACAUUCAAGGAAAAAAAUGUUUUUUUAGUUAUUGAUUCUGUGCCAAAAUGUCUUUAGCUAAAUUUCAUCACAAGCAUUGUAUCUGAAACUGAAAUUGAUCAGAACCUAUUUUCAUAUGUGACUUUGUAUUUUGCCUCUCGGAGGGCAGAGUUGAUUCCUUUCUUUUGGUAACGUUCAUCAACACAACUAUGUUACUUCAGCCCUUUUUUAUUACAUUAUAUAACUGUAUCCUCAUGUUGAAGGAACCGUUGUAUGGUAGGGUUACAUUUCUGUUUGUAUUCCUUUUUUUCUUCCUCCUGAUUUGGUCCUCUACUGCCCCCUGCUGUCUGAAAAUCAUAUUCUAACACAUGAAGACUUGCAUACCGAGGUUAUUUGAGUCUUGACUUCAUGACAGAUUUGUUAGAGCAUGCUUUAUUUUCAAAUCCUAGAGGGUAAAGUCAAAUCAUAGAGGCAACGAAUGUGACUUGAACUUGAUAUCAUGCCGCUAUUGGAUGUGUUGCUCAUAUGUUUCCUCCCCUGUCCCAUUAAUGUCUUUUUGAGCCAAGCUGUACAUACUAAUGUCCUUAAUCUGUGCUCUUGUGUAUUUCUCCCCUUAUUAUUGUCUUUCUUCAGGGUCCUUAUUUUUGUUCUGUGCAACAAAACAAAGCAGUCUGAGGGAGACAAGAGAAGAUGUGUGUGAAACCGAUGCUGAAAGUAAAACCAUGCUUGUCAGUUUUGUGAUGUAAAUAUUUUUAUGACUGCAAGCUGAAUACUCUCAUGGUUAUGUUGAAGGCACUUAUAAUUUUUGAUAAACAAGAAGAAAAUACCUUAAAAAAAAAACUUAAAACAGUGAUUAAUAUGAAAACUGUCUUUUGAUCAAUCUUCAUUUUGAGUGUAUUUUGCUGUUCCUCCAUGAGGACAUUUUAAACUGUAAAAUAAAUGGUUGUUUAACUUACUUCUGAAGAUCAUUAAAUGGUCCAUCACUCUUG